AUGAAUUUCCUCCGGAGGCGUCUCUCAGACAGUAGUUUCGUGGCAAAUUUGCCCAAUGGCUACAUGAUGGACUUGCAGCGCCCUGACAACUCCACGAGCUCCCCAGUUUCUCCUGCCACUGAGAGAAAGCAUCCACAGCCAUCGCAGCCCUCCCACUCUUCCUCUGCUGGCACCAGCAUCUUCAGCUCCAUCUCCAGUGCCAUGAAGCAAACCACGCAAGCAGCUGCAGGACUAAUCGAUCACUCAGCCAGCCCCGCACCUCCUGUGGCCCAGAAACCCAAGAUCCUCCUGGUGAUCGAUGAUGCGCACACGGACUGGGCCAAAUAUUUCCAGGGGAAGAAGGUGAAUGGAGAAUUUGAUAUCCGAGUGGAACAGGCUGAGUUCUCCGAGCUGAACCUGGCUGCUUAUGUCACAGGCGGCUGCAUGGUGGACAUGCAGGUCAUGAGGAACGGCACCAAGGUGGUAAGCAGGUCCUUCAAGCCCGACUUUGUCCUGAUCCGGCAGCAUGCCUACAGCAUGGCGCUGGGAGAGGACUUCCGCAGCCUCGUUAUCGGCCUCCAGUACGGUGGCAUCCACACAGUCAACUCCCUUUACUCCAUUUACAACUUCUGCAGCAAGCCCUGGGUGUUCUCUCAGCUCAUUAAAAUCUUCAACUCUUUGGGUCCUGAGAAGUUCCCCCUCGUGGAGCAAACGUUCUUCCCAAGCCAUAAGCAGAUGCUCACAACUUCGAAUUUCCCUGUAGUGGUCAAGCUGGGACAUGCUCAUGCUGGAAUGGGGAAGGUCAAAGUUGAGAACCAGCAUGACUUCCGGGACAUGGCCAGCAUAGUAGCCAUGGCAAAAACCUACGCCACCACCGAGCCGUUCAUUGACUCCAAGUACGACAUCCGCAUCCAGAAAAUUGGCAGCAACUACAAGGCUUACAUGAGGACGUCCAUCUCUGGAAACUGGAAGGCAAACACAGGUUCUGCAAUGCUAGAACAGAUUGCAAUGACAGAGAGGUACAGACUCUGGGCAGACGCCUGCGCGGAAAUGUUCGGAGGUCUUGAUAUCUGCGCUGUCAAAGCUGUCCACAGCAAAGAUGGAAAAGACUAUAUCAUUGAGGUGAUGGACAGCUCGAUGCCCCUGAUUGGGGAGCAUGUGGAAGAGGACAGACAGCUUAUAGCCGAUCUGGUUGUUUCCAGAAUGACUCAGCUUGUCAUCACUGCUGGAUCUACGCCAUCACCGCUGAGGCCUUGGCCUCCGCAAGUUCAGCCUGCGUCAAUGAAAUCUCAGACUGGACCUCAGCUUGGACAACUGUCCCAACCACGGCCUCCUCCCCAAGGUGGGCCACGUCAGCCUCAGGGAUCUCAGCCUCCACGGACAAAUGCACCUCCACAGCAGCGGCUCUCUCCUCAAGGACAGCAGCCCCAGAGUCCUCAGUCCACUUCACCUCAGCAGCAAAGGUCACCUGGAUCUCCACAGCAAGUCCGAUCAGCAACUGGGUCCUCUCCAGUCCAGGCUUCCAAGGCAGGCAUGUUCCCUCCACAGCAGCCUAGACCUCCUGCUCAAGGCCGGGCUCCUAGCCAGCCAAGCCCCACUGAAACAUCCAAGCAGCAAGCCACCCCACACCCGCAUCUGAACAAAUCACAGUCCCUGACAAACACCUUCAGCAUAUCUGAAUCAUCUCAGCGGGGAAACGCCAAUGAAGACGAAGCAAAAGCUGAGACCAUCCGCAACCUGAGAAAAUCAUUUGCUAGCCUGUUUUCCGAUUAA